CCUCAGGAAGAUUUGCUGUCGCUAGGAGAAACUGAGGCAGAAAGGGCAGGCUGCUGUUUUAAGACCGGUUUGUGCACGCUCCUCCUCUUAACCCCCUGCUCCAGCUACUGCGCCCCUAUCGUGGCUCCUGGCUAGAAGCAUGGAUUUCAGAACCCCUGACCUGCUGGAAAUGUGGCUGGAGCCUCCAGAAGACGUCUUCUCAACAGGAUCCUUCCUGGAGCUGGGACUCCAUGGUCCACCUUCAGAGGUCCCAGUAACUAGGCUACAGGAACAGGGGCUGCAAGGCUGGGAGUCCAGUGGGGGCCAUGGCUGUGGUCUUCAAGAGAGUGAGCCUGAAGAUUUCCUGAAACUUUUCAUUGAUCCCAAUGAAGUGUACUGCUCAGAAGCAUCUCCUGGAAGUGACAGUGGAAUCUCUGAGGAUCCUCGCCAUCUGGACAGUCCCCCUGCCCCCAAGCCACCCAGUUCCCCUGCCCUCUAUGAGGUUGUCUAUGAGGCAGGGACCCUAGAGAGGAUGCAGGGGGAAGCUGGGCCAGCUGUAGGGCUCAUCUCCAUCCAAAUAGAUCAGUGGAGCCCACCAUUUAUGGUGCCUGAUGCCUGUGUGGUCAGUGAGCCGCCUCCCGAUGCUCAUGCCCACAUCCUGCCCAGAGCAGGCACUGUAAACUCAGUGCCUCCUGCAGCCCUGCUGCCCUGUCAAACCCUGUUCCUGACAGAAGAGGAGAAGCGUCUGCUGGGACAGGAAGGGGUGUCCCUACCCUCUCACCUGCCCCUCACCAAGGCAGAGGAGAGGGUCCUCAAGAAGGUCAGGAGGAAAAUCCGUAACAAGCAGUCAGCUCAGGACAGUCGGCGGCGGAAGAAAGAGUACAUCGAUGGACUAGAGAGCAGGGUGGCUGCCUGUUCUGCACAGAACCAGGAACUACAGAAAAAAGUCCAGGAGCUGGAGAGGCACAACAUCUCCCUGGUGACUCAGCUCCGCCAGCUGCAGAUGCUUAUUGUUCAAACCUCCAACAAAGCUGCCCAGACUAGCACUUGUGUUCUGAUCCUUCUUUUCUCCUUGGCUCUCAUCAUCCUGCCCAGUUUCAGCCCCUUUCAGGGCUUACCAGAAGCUGGGCCUGAGGAUUACCAGCCUCAUGGAGUGAUUUCCAGAAACAUCCUGACUCACAAGGACAUGACAGAAAAUCUGGAGAAUCCAGCGGUGGAGUCCAGAUUGGAGGGGCCACCUGGGGUCAAGGGUGUAAAUGGCUCAACAAGGACACUGCUUGAGAAGACAGGAGGGAGGCCAGGCCCCAGCAGGCACAUCAGAACUGUGUUGCAUGCAGAUGAGAUGUGAGCUGUAACACUUCCUGGCCCACUUCCCAAUCACAAUAAGGAAUCCAAGGCUCCGCUGGCUGUGGUUCUGCUUCCUCCUGGGGUUCCCACUCAGGGCUCUUUGGCCUCAGGGGUCUGAAUCACAUCAGGAUGCCCUAGAUGUCUGUACCCUAUGGCUCAGUCUGCCUAUGUCAAGGGGCACCUCAAAUACUUUUGUCAUGUAUCUGUGAUUUUAUUUCUUCUUUGGGGAUAGGGUUGAGGGGAAACUCACAUUUUGGCUGAGAAAUAAAUUUUUUUUUUGC